AUGACGGUCAAGAAUAAGACAGAGGAGCCGAAAAAGGAAAAAGUGGAACCAACACCCGCUCCAAAUGAUGACUUGUCUGAAGAAGAUAAACGUCUCCAGGAAGAGCUCAAUAUGCUGGUUGAAAAAUUAGUGGGUAACGAUGUUGAGCUAUAUUUGCCUGCAUUGCAAAUGCUAAGCAAUCUCAUAAGAACGUCUACAACUUCAAUGACAUCUGUCCCAAAGCCUCUGAAAUUUUUGAGAGAGCAUUAUCCUGCAUUAAAACAAGUGUAUGAGAAAAUUCAAGAUGAAAAGACAAAGAAGUAUUGUGCUGAUGUUGUGUCCGUCCUUGCUAUGGGUGUCAGUGGUGCUCCAGAUGCUGCAGAAAAACGAGAGUGCCUCAAGUAUUGUAUGCUGGGAACACUUUCAAAUGUUGGUGAAUGGGGUCAUGAAUAUGUAAGGCAACUUGAGGGUGAGAUUGCCGAAGAGUGGAACUUAGACAAUAUGAACAGCCUGAUGCCGUUAGUAUGUGAUGUAGUAGCAUUUGAUAUGAAGCACUCGGCCGAGAUCCAGGCCUGCGAUUUGUUGAUGGAGAUUGAUCAGUUGGACAUCCUCUCACAACACAUGGACCAGAGCAACUAUCCUCGUGUUUGUCUAUAUUUGAUUGGUUGCGCCAGUUAUGUAGUGGAGCCGGAAUCCACACAAAUAUUGCAAGGUGUUCUCGACACUUACUUGAGAUUUGGUGAAUAUCCUCGUGCCUUGUUGGUGGCUAUGCAACUUCACAACAAGAGUAAAUGUGAAGAAGUUUUUAAUGCUUGUAAUGAUCCGUUAAUUAAAAAACAACUCUGCUAUAUGUUGGCUCGUCAGUAUGUACCACUGGAAUUGGAGGAUGAAGAUCUUCGAACCAUAUUGUUGAAUGCACAUAUAAAUGACCAUUUUCUUAGCUUAGCUAGAGAGCUUGAUAUAAUGGAGCCUAAAACACCAGAAGAGGUUUAUAAAACCUGGCUCGAGUCAGCGGGCUCGGCCCUACGUCCUUCACUGCUAGCUGAACACCCAGUUGACUCAGCGAGACAGAACCUUUCAGCAACCUUUGUGAAUGCAUUUGUGAAUGCAGGGUUCGGAAGAGAUAAACUGGUUACCACUGAGGAUGGAAAUAAAUGGAUGUACAAGAAUAAGGAUCAUGGUAUGUUAUCAGCAGCAGCUUCGCUCGGUAUGAUUCAUCUAUGGGAUGUCGAUGGUGGUCUAACUCCCAUAGACAAGUAUCUCUAUACAUCUGAAGAACACAUCAAGGCUGGCGCGCUUUUGGCCCUAGGACUAGUGAAUUGUGGGGUUCGUAAUGAAUGCGACCCUGCAUUAGCUCUGCUGUCCGAUUAUGUUCUGCAUUCAAGCGCUAAUCUCAGAAUUGGCAGUAUUUUAGGUCUUGGCAUAGCGUACGCGGGUACUCAGCGUGAGGAUGUUCUGUCUCACCUACUGCCAGCGCUCGCUGAUACCUCAGCUCCUCCUGAGAUAUGCGCCCUGGCCGCUGUUGCGUGUGGACUCAUCGCCGUUGGAUCAUGCAAUGGAGACGUCACAUGUGCUAUUAUCCAGAGACUGAUAGAUGACAACAAAGAUUUACAUUCUUCAACAUAUGCCAGGUUCCUACACUUAGGUCUAGGAUUAUGUUUCUUAGGAUGCAAGGAGCGUACCGAGGCCACCAUGGCAGCCCUAGAGGUUCUUCCCGAGCCUCAACAGUCUCUAUGCCAGACUACACUAUCAAUGUGUGCAUACGCUGGCACCGGAGAUGUUCUGGUUGUACAACAGAUGCUGCACAUAUGCUCCAAGCAUUAUGAUACAGAUAAUGAACAAUCGUCUGCUGAAGACACAGCAUUUAAGAAGCAAGAGAAAAAGGAAUCUAAGGAAGGGAGCAGCGGCAGUGGAAGUUCGUCCAGUGGAUCAAAGGAUGAUAAGAACAAAAGCAAAUCAAAGGACAGUAAGAGCAAGGACAAGGAAAAGGAAAAAGAAAAGGAAGCAAACAAGGAGUUGUCUUCAGUACAAGCUGUGGCUACACUCGGAGUAGCUGUUAUAGCACUGGCCGAGGAAACUGGAGCUGAAAUGUGUACACGGAUCUUUGGACAGCUUGGUCGUUAUGGCGAGCCGGCAGUCCGUCGCGCGGUGCCUCUUGCGAUCGCUCUUUGUUCAGUCUCAAACCCUCAACUAUCAGUCAUCGAUGUACUUAACAAGUACUCACACGACGCCGACAACGACGUCGCUUACAACGCCAUAUUCGCCAUGGGACUCGUCGGCGCUGGGACAAAUAACGCCAGACUGGCGACUAUGCUGCGUGCGUUGGCGUUAUACCACGGCAAGUCCCCGGUUCAUUUGUUCAUGGUGCGUCUGGCUCAAGGACUGUGUCACGCUGGUAAGGGCACGGUCACACUAUGCCCGGCACACUCGGACAGACGACUACUGAACCAGCCAGCGCUCGCCGGACUGCUUGUUGUACUCACAGCCUUUCUUGACUGCAAGAACAUAAUCCUUGGUAAAUCUCACUACCUCCUGUAUGUAUUGGCGACAGCGAUGCAACCACGUUGGUUGGUCACUUUAGAUGAAAACCUACAGCCUUUAAACGUCAGCGUUCGUGUUGGACAGGCUGUCGAUGUUAUUGGUAAGGCUGGUACACCGAAAACCAUCGCUGGUUCACACACACAUACAACACCCGUGCUGCUAUCUUUUGGUGAACGUGCAGAGUUAGCUACUGACGAAUAUAUACCACUAUCACCGGUUAUGGAAGGAUUCGUCAUUCUCAAGAAAAAUGAGGACAGUGUCAUGGCAUCUGUCCAAUGA